ACUAGUCGAUAGCAGAUGAGCAGAGACAUGGCGCUGAUCAGCAGGAGCAGUGGGGCUGUGAGCCGUUGGGUCUGUAAUCACAUUUUGUUGUCACCCAGAUAUUUUGAAGCCUCUCAUCAGGUCUGUGCGAGUCGACUGAGCAAUGCAGCCAACACGUCACACACACCACAGGACAGAAAGAAAGAAAUUAAAGAAGAUGGACUGAAGCUGCAAGACUUUAUAUCGGGAGAGCUGUCAGAAAAGAGCAACUGGGAGGAAUACAAGGGCAACCUGAAGCGGCAAAAAGGGGAACGGCUCAGGUUACCACCAUGGCUAAAGACCGAGAUUCCUAUUGGGAAAAACUACAACAGACUGAAGAACACCCUCAGAGACCUGAAGCUACACACUGUGUGUGAGGAGGCCAGAUGUCCGAACAUCGGUGAGUGUUGGGGGGGUGGAGAGUACGCUACUGCCACAGCAACCAUCAUGUUGAUGGGGGACACGUGCACACGUGGCUGCAGGUUUUGUUCAGUAAAGACAGCAAGAAACCCUCCUCCUCUCGACCCGGAUGAGCCUUAUAACACAGCUAAAGCUAUCGCUGCAUGGGGGCUUGACUAUGUCGUGCUCACUUCCGUGGACAGAGAUGACCUCACUGAUGGAGGCGCAGAGCACUUUGCAAAGACCGUAUCUCAUCUCAAGGAGAGGAACUCUGAUAUUUUAGUCGAGUGUUUGACCCCUGAUUUUCGUGGGGACUUCUCGGCGGUGGAGAAAGUCGCUUUGUCUGGUCUGGAUGUUUACGCUCACAACGUCGAGACCGUGAGAGAACUGCAGAGGUAUGUACGUGACCCACGUGCCAACUUUGACCAGUCGCUUGCUGUGCUGCGCCACGCUAAGAGUGUUAAACCGAGCAUACUUACCAAAACCUCAAUUAUGCUCGGACUUGGUGAAACCGACACACAGAUACGCUCUACUCUGGAAGAGUUGAAGGACUCGGGUGUGGACUGUCUGACGCUUGGCCAGUACAUGCAACCAACAAAACGACAUCUGAAGGUCGAGGAGUACAUAACACCAGAGAAGUUUGCUCAGUGGGAGAAGGUUGGGCAGGAAAUGGGGUUCGUUUACACAGCGAGUGGUCCCCUAGUGCGCUCCUCUUAUAAAGCAGGUGAGUUCUUCCUAAAGAACCUGCUGAAAAAGAGAAAGACGGAAGGAACGGUGGAAUAACGACGUGCAUCAUGAACAUGGGACUCUAUCCAUGCCGUCUACUCUUCUGCACUCCAGUCGGAGAAUAUCAGAAAACGUUUAUUUUAGUCCACACUGUCAAAUCUGAUUAGUUUUCUAAUGGUAGUGGGACGGGAAGGGAUGGAUUGUGGGUAAUGAAGUCUUCUAGGACGUCGAAGCGAAUGGAAGGAAGACAUUCGUAAAUGUAUAUUAUGGAGAAAAUGACCUAUUCAGAAUGCAUUAGUUGUUUGGACCACGCCCUCAGGAUCACCAGGGUGGUGGGUGGUGAAGUGAUGCCCAAAAAUCAGUACUUUUACUGAGAAAGAGAGAGAUUGCAUACGGUGGAAAUAAGAUUCGAAAUUAAACAUGACUUGUACAGUGUAAUAAAAUGACUCUGAAGCAUU